GUUCUUCUCGACAGCCCAAGAUGCAAGAUCCACCUGAUGCAAUGAUAACACUUCAUGACUAUGUGCAGUUCAUUACCACCACGGCAGCCUGCGCAUGGAUGACGAAACGCUCAGAUCUGAGAUUGCCGUGCACACUAAGGACCCAAUAUGUCCCAGCUCGGCCGUUCAAAAUCGGACCGCGCGACAACAGCAAUAUCUUUGCAGCAAGGAGGCUGUCGGCUUUGCCAAAAGCUUGCAUCGGCAGACGGAGCGCUUUCGGCAAGAACAGCACAAGCGUCGGCUAUCUUUGGGGUUCAGGCAGCAGAAUAGUCAGAGGUUUCACGACGAACAGCGACCGCCAGUCGUUAUACAUGACUGUAGCGUACACGAUUAUAUUGAUCAUCUGGACGAGUUGGCAUGAGCGGCAUGGUUGCAGACAAGCAGAUCCGCACAUCAACACAAUGGUGCAUGCUGUAGCUGUCUCCCUUCCAAGCGAAUUUACAAUGCUUUCAAGCGAAGUUAUUAGCCGAGCUCGACAGACAUUCGCAAGCGAUCAGUCUCCAGACUCGAAUAGACUUGACGCUUCGCUCGGCUGCAUCAUGGUCGCUUGCCGUUUGUACCACAUCGAGAGCGAUUAGAGAAGCAUGACCGCUCAUUGUCCCGAAUCAUGUGACUUGCAUCAAAGUGCUCUGAUACAUGCCUCGUUCAUAAGCUCACCCGCUAGAGAUUCUUUGCAUACAAUCGAAAUCUCACCCUGCCUUAAUGUUACUUGCUCAACAACAUCGUGCAAGUUGCUCGCGA